AUGCACCACGGCAACAGAGGGCAUAACACGUCCGCGGUGUACGCACUGCAAUGCCGAAAACCUCCCGGCAACACGUACGGGUCUUCACCUACGCAUCUGUUUGCGAAGGAGGGGAGGGAGAGGGCGGCUCCAGCCUUAACUACGACACUCUGCCGCCCCCUCGUUGCAGCUUGUGCAGGCGCUCGGGCAUACAUCGCCAGUCCCGGCAAUCCUGCAGCUGGUCUGCGGGGACGAAGUAGCGUCGCCGCAGCCACGCGAACCCACCGGCCAAAUGCAGGGCGUGGUCGAUCGGCGCGAGGGAAAGCGGGCGGGGCGGAGGUGGAGGGAAGGAAAAAAGGAACCAGCCGCUGGAGCCGAGAAAGCGGGGGCCCCGGAGCGAAAGAACAAAGAGGGAGAGGACGGGCGACCGAAGAGGCGAAAGGAGGAAGAAGGACGAUCGGCAAGAUUGGAAGGCCUGAACCCGCAGAUGUCGAAGAAGCCGAUAAGGCCGGAGGAAAGGGAAGAGAGCGAGAUGAGAGAAGAGAAAGUGGGAGGGAAAGAAGCUGGGGAAAGAGAUGCGAAAGAGGAGAUAGGAGAAAAAGGAAGCGGGAUGGGAGGCAAGAGAUGAGAAAAGAGGCGGAGAAUGUGAAGGGGAUGAAAGAGAAGGAAAGGGGAAGAUAUGAGGAGGGAAAAGGAAAAGGAGAAGAUGGAACGCAAAAGGAGGAAGAGGGGGAAGAGAAGAGAAGAAGGACAUUAAGAAAAAGAAAAAUGAGGGCAUGGAAACUAAAAGCAAAAGAAAAGGGAAAAGGUAAUAGGGAAAGAAAGCGGAAGAACGAAACGAAGGUAAAAGGAGAAGAAGGUAAAAGGGGAAGAAGGGGAAAAAGGGAAAAUGGGGUAAAGAGUGAGGUAAAAGAUUGGGGGAAAGGGGGAGGCGGAAGGGGGAGGGGGAAACGCGCUCUGAGACAGGAAGCAGAGCAGACGCUCGCGAAUUCUCAGCCAGGCGCCCGCCGCACUGACACAGGUCAGCGACCUGUGUGUGUGUGUGUGUGUACUAAUAGGAGGAGAAGGAAUGAUCUCACGCAGGGCUCAUCGGGGAUGGCUUCACCGGCGAGAGCUAUUGAGGCGACGAGGGCGCCGGGUCGGCGUGGGUGCACAGAACCGCUUUGCACGACCACAGGCAGCACCGGGCGGCGGCCUUCAGGAGGGAGGGCGGGAGACGAAGACGGCUACCCGGGAGCCGCGGAGACGGUGUUGGGUGCGUGGGGGCGCGCGGCGCGUGGGGCGGUAGUGUGGCGGGCGCAUGGCAGUGGGCGUGGGGGCGGCAGCGCGCGAUACAGAAGUGGGGUGGAGUGGGCUGCCGUGCACACGCUGCGUGGGGGGCGCAGUGGCGGUGGGGCGGCGCGGUGGGCGGCAGCGCCGGCGGUGGGGCGGCAGCGGCGGGGGGGCGGCAGCGCGGUGGGGCGCGCCUGUAUGUCAGGCCGCGUGGGAGCGCGGCGACACGGCGUGGUGCGGUGGAGCGGGGGCCCGCGCGUCGACGGGGGGAUGCAGCGGGGGCGUGACGGCGAGGCGGUGACGGCGAGGCGGGUGACGGCGAAGGCGGCGUUGGCAGCGGUGGAUGCGGUGACUCGGGAGCGGCCCGUAGCGGCAUCGCGGGGGCGGCCGGAGGUUUCAAAGGGCGCUGAGGCGGCCACGGAGAGACUCGCGUGGGCGGGGACGGUGGGGCGGCGGCAGCGUUUGACACUCAGCAUAAAGCCGGAGCAACGGGCGUGCUCCUGCUUGCCUCUCCCCCACCCCGGGGGCGGAAUAACCAGGCGUCUAAGAGGCCAAACGGCUCGCGCGCCGACGAGCGAUCACCGCGGCGGGGCUCCUAGAUUCGCCACCCGCUGCCCCCCCCUCCUGCUUCGCCCGACGCACUGCGGCAGUUGGAUGGACGGGUACUGCACUCCAGUUGCGACAUCACGAUCACGGACACUGCUGCGGUAA